UUCCUGGAUGUAUUGGUUUCAUUUAUGCAUCUAGAAGAGCCAGUGAAUAGGCAGUAGACAAAACUUGAUGAAUAAGCUUUUGAGAAAUAGAAAUCAAAGCCGACUAGCCGCGCAUCAAUGAAUACGACUGCUUACAAGAGGCCACCUAAUUGGAUUAUAUUGACGGAUACAUAUCCACAAAGAAUCUUGGAGUGUGAAAGUUCGAUUGGUUUUUCUUAAUGUUGAGAAUCUUUCAGUUUACGCGAUAGCAGUCGGAUUAGAAAUGGUGUUCAACUUUAAAUGGGAAAUUGAUUACAUAUAGAACAAGACGCAGUCGAGUCCAACAGAAGUUAAAUACUAGUCAGAUGUAGGAUAUACGGAAUUAAUUGAAAUACUGACAUCAGAUGUAACCAGACGGGAGGAAGCUGUAAGAUGCAUUGUCAGGGAGGACUUGUUCUGCAAAUAAUUUUCUGGUCGAGCGUCUGCCACAAUAUUGACGUUCUCAACGCAAUGAGUGCAGAUAAAUUAGCAAUCAAAACAAACAGUGUUUUAAAUUCUGAAUGUCCUCGAAAGCCCGAGCUAGCAGCUAAAAGAACAUGCCUGAAAAAAUGUCGUUCGGAUACAGAUUGUAGAGGGCGCAACAAGCGUUGCCUGUGUGAUGACGUUUGUGGGAAAAGCUGCGUUAAACCAACUAAGCGAUGCAAACCACUUGAAAAGUUAGAACACGGCUAUGUCGAAAUAGUGCCCUACAAUAAAUUCAGCGCCAAGGCAAAGUACCUCUGCGACGAGGGCUUCGUGAUAUACGGACAACCAAGUCGGAUCUGCCAAGGAGACGGGAAGUGGAGUGGCAAGCCUCCAAGCUGCGAGAGUGAUGGUCGAUGCACGGAACCCCCCGCUGUUGCAAAUGCUAUACACGAUGGACAGAAACAUUUAAAGGUGUUUCCUGUCGGCUCGCAGUUGUCGUAUAUGUGCAAGAAUGGGUUCUACAGUGAUGGCUUUGCCCGCGCCAUGUGUAUGGAAGAAGGCAGAUGGGUUGGGCCGAGAAUGACUUGCUCGCCCAGGAGCUGCGGACAUCCGGGAGAGGUCACUAAUGGUAGGCGUGACGGCAACAUCUUCAUGUUCCCACGUAGGGUGAGAUACCAUUGUAAUGGUGGAUAUACAAUCAUAGGAUCACCCGAAAGGAUAUGUCAAAGUAACGGCCAAUGGACAGGAAUCACUCCAAGGUGUGAAGCUGUGAAAUGCCCUAAACUAACCCACCCAGAUAAUGGAAGCAUGUUUGGGUCUGGCUUCUUCUACAGAACGGUUAUUACAUUCAAGUGUAACCUUGGUUACACACUUAUUGGGUCCUAUAUGAGGAAGUGCCAGUCGACUGGACGAUGGACGGGAGAGGAUGUAAAAUGUAAAAGGGUUGACUGCGGCCUCCCGGACCCCCUUUGGAACGGCUACCUUGAAGGGCACCAAACUACCUACCAAUCUGUCAUCAUUUUUAAAUGCCUCGGAAGAACCACGUUUGAGGGUAGAUCAAUCUCCACUAAGUGUGAAGUGCCAGAGGGAGAGAUCAGUUCGGGAGGAUACUGGACUAAUCCAACUCCAAAAUGUUGGGGUCAAUGUGAGGUUCCAGAUAUGGCAAAUGGAACAGUACUGGGGAGGCAUGCCCUCUGGGUAAAUCACAAUACAACAGUGAGCUUCAAAUGUAAGAACACAACACAUAUCCCCAGCCGCCACGGUCCAGCCACGUGUUACAAUGGGACCUGGAUUGGUCUCCUAAAAUGUUUGCCAGCGCCCUGUCGGGACAGACCGCCUUCCAUAACCAAUGGUAUCCCACGGUACUACAGUACUCGUCACGGCGCAAGGGCGAAGUACAAAUGCGACACGGGAUACGAACUGAAAGAAAACAAAUACAUGCAGUGUUCAUAUGGAAAAUGGAAACCCAUGGGGAGAAUGCCAUAUUGCGAGCCAUUGUAUUGUCCAUGGGUUGGCGGUAUUCCUCACUGCAAAGUGCUUCUGGUGGGAGUAAUAGGAAAAUACGAGUAUAGGUCCUACGCAAGGAAAGUAGGUCACAAUGAGCAGAUAGAGUUCCAAUGUGACCGCGGCUAUAAGUUAAUAGGGCCCGGGGCUGCAACAUGUGUAGAUGGACAGUGGAGUCCUGAAGUUGUAGAUUCACCUAUGUGUGUAGAGAGCUCCCAUAGCUUAAUGCCAAUCUCGACAUACAGAGGGAAGAGAUCUGUCAAAUCUGGAUCUAAAAGAGGUAUCCGGUCUCGGUGAAUGGCAGAGCUUGUGUAGUGAUCUGAUGUUUGCUGGAUGGGACUUUAGUGUUGUGAUCGUUUUCUAGCUUUAGUUUCUAGACCAGUUAAACAGCUUCCAGUCUGCUUCAAGGAAACUCAUAGAGAUGACCCUCUACCCAUGUACAGGGGCAAGAGAAGCAUCGCUGGACCAACGGCCGCAAUCUUGCCCAAAUUCUUCAGACCCGAAGUAAAAGUUGGAAAAGUCCAAGGAAAGUAUUUUAUUGAGGACAAUCUCACAUUGCACGUGUUCCCUGGUUCCAAUAUAACAUUAGAUUGCUUGUAUCUGAGGAAAUUUGGAACUCCCAAAUGGAAAAAGGGCGCAGUGAUGGCUGACAUCGGAUACAUUAUGCCACCUUCGAAGCAUCACAUUCAGUCUCACGACACUUUAUUUUAUGAAGUAAGUGACACACAGAGGAUCAUUGCAGGUCCCAAUGGGAAAGCAACGCCUUUAGAGAUAUCAUUACCCGGAGAAUGGCAAGAAUCUGGGACACAGUAUAGACUUUACUUGACCUCUGUCCAAAAGGAAGACGAGGGGAGGUAUAAGUGCUACAACCCUUACAUCCACAGUACUGCAAACUUUUUGGAUGUUGUCGUGAAAGAAAUACAUUGCAAAGAACCCUUGGUGUCCCCUAACGUCAUUAAACAUGGCACGGACUACUCUGUGGGGGCCAUAGUCACUUACAGUUGCCAUGGAUGGGGGGCAAGCAGAACGCCUAUGCAAGUUAAAUGUCUGUCUACAGGGAAGUGGUCUGCACACCCACCUUCGUGUAUGUCAUUGUAACAGACAAAACAAUCAUUCGGUUGUGUAUAUUAUACACGUAUUAUAUGACUGAAAGCAACAUUAUUCCAACAAAUAUUGACAUUCAAAGUGAUGAGAAUGUGGAUGGUGGCAAUAUACAUGUACAGAGAAUCUCAAAAAUUCUUACACUCACAAAAAGUUCAAUAUCUUUCAUAAUUUUGACUUUUUCCCUAAAAUAUACCUUGGAUACCAAAAGACAAAUCUUGACACCAUCACGCAGAUUCAAAAUCUGUCCUUGAUUGGCUCCUCGGGACAGCUUUUAGUGCCCCAUCGUAAAAUCUGACUUGCG